UAUAAAUAUUGUUUUAUUUUUAUGCGCGUGAGAUUGCACACAUGACAUUUAAAUAUUAGUCCAGAAAGAUAAACACUUGUCCUUUCUGCAUUAUCCAAUACCUUCUUAAAGGUGGUGAUCACCACGCACAGUUUAGUUUCUCAAAGAUUCUUUGACAAGUAUUUAAAUAAGGAACACACUUUUACUUAAAAAUGGUUAGAUUAACAUCACUGAGCAUCAAAAAUGAAAUGUCGCGUGGUGUGCUUUUCGUUGUAAUAACAAUGCUGUUGAUUGGAAUUGAAAAUGUUGACGCCGACGAUGGUUCUCCAGCCUUCUUUUUGAAAAUUGCUAAAAAUGUACCUCGCAUUGGACGUAGCUCGGGUGCUGACAAUUUCUUUUUUAAAUCUUCUAAAAAUAUACCAAGAAUAGGAAAACGUGAAGAAACUCAGUCGAUUCUGGAAAGCGGUUACACAUUAUCUCCGUACAACAAAGAUAAUCAAUAUUUGAAAGCAACAAAACGGAGAAUCGGUUACCCUGCUGACACAGGUAGUGAAACAUGGACUUGGGAACACUUUCCUCUUGCAAUAGAAGGCCCACCUGAAUUAUGGAGGACUCUUGCACGAUAUAGUGAUGAAAAGGCUUUUGAGGCUUCUGACGACAUUGAUAAUGAAAUUCUACAUCGAGAUAAAAGAGCAGAAGAGGAAAAUCAAUUUAAAUGAAAAAAUUAUAAUUUCCGAUAGAUAUUUCAACUUCAUCAUUCGACAAUCAAUUACUUUUAUAUAAAUGGAAUAAUAAGUAAAAAUUAAUUAGUAUUUUGUAAUGUAAAAUCAAAAAUAUUAUAUGAAAGAAAAAUGUGAAUACGGAAAAUCAUGCAAAAUAUCAGUGUUAGAAGCGGUGCAUCUUUUCUAUAAGAGUAAUAAUGCGAAAUUAAAAAGAAAUUUAUAAACGAUCAAAUUUAGCAAUUACGGAUAAGUGUAUAAUGUACCUGUAUUCAAGUUAUAGGUGUUGGGAUAAAAUAUUUAAGAAUAAAA